AAAUAUAUUUUUAUGAAAUCUAUCAAGGGUAGUUUUGGCAUUAUAUGGUUUUUGAUCUUGGAUUUUCAUAGAAUACCAAAUAGGUUACACAUAGAUACUGGGGCAUCUUUAACCAUUGGAACAUAGUAUACCAAACACGAUGAUCUUAGAUCGUCGGAGAUUAGAUUAUCCCAGGAUAAGGAUUACUAGUGAUCUAAGAUGACCUUAAUAAUCACGUUUGGGUCACCAAACGCCACCUAAGGGGGAUAAAGAUGCACUAGAAGGUUUCAAGUAGGUUAGACAUCAUCAUCUAUGAUUCAUAAAUUUGCAAAGAGAACCUCUUAAAACUUGACAUGGGAAUGCCUUUGUGUCUAAUAGAUAUGCGCACAAUAUGUAUGCGUAAUCAAUCAAUAAUUAGCUGCACCAUUUGCUUCUUAGUCUAUAAAAUUGUUAGAACAUGUACUAUAUGUUAGAGGUGGCAACUUCUUUUAUGGCAGUACCAAAAAGUGGACAUGUAAAUAUGGUGACAUCAUGCUUUGAUGAUUUGAAUGCAUCAAAGGGUAAAUGUCCCAAGUGUCCAAGUGUUGGACAUGUCAAGAAACCAACGUCUGGAGCAUCUAGUCUCAAAGAAGGUAGAUUGCGAUUUUUUUCUUUGUUAAAAUUUUAACAAUUUUUCUCUUUCCUUUCUGUCUUCUCUCUCCUACCUGUUCCUUCUUCUUAUUCUCUGCUUUUCCUCUUUUUCUUUCUUCUUUUUUUUUUAAACAUAUUUGUCACUAAGCUGUAACCAUACCAGUUCUUGACACCAGAAAAUCCAGGCCGGAAUUAAUCUAAUUAUUCGUAUGUCUUAUACCUAAACUGCUCUCCAAGUCAGUCUUGCAUGCCCCUGAAUAUAUUUUCUCCUUUAUAUGUAUAUUUAGAUUAUGACUUCUUUUUUUGUGCCAGAUGUCACAUUUUCAAACAAAAAUGCAUGAGUACACUCUAUUGAACAUCCUUUUCUGUACUUGUAACCAUAUUCAAUUAAUCCUGUAAUGAUCUCUAGCUGGCUAGGGGAUGUUCUUGUUUUUCUUCCUAUUUGUGCCCUACUUCCCUGACUUUCAGCAUACACAUUUUGUGGGCAGCAACCAGUCUAAGUCGUAAAUCCUGUCAUUUCACAACCCAAAGCAUUCAUAUUCAUCACAGAUGAGACCCUAGACCUCAGGAUUGCAUCACUAUGGUCACAACACAAUGUUAUACCAUGUUCUCCAUUGGAGUCUCUCGACUGCUUGAGAGUUAUGGAACAGAAUACCCUGUUUUGUUUGUUCCUUGUUGGUUGACCAGUGUUAAAUGAAAGGUGGCCAGAUACAUAGUCUGUCCUUCAUAAUGGUUGCCCAUCAUCAUUGUGCCAAUGAAACCAGAAUUAUUGCAGAAAACGUUACGACAUUGGUAAGAAAGUGUGCUUAUUCCAGUACAGUUGUUGACUCUAAUCACAUAUCCAUACAUACUGGUAUACAUUAUAUAAUUUAUGCUGGCUGCGUGGAGUCACAGCUGUCAGGUUUGGCAUUUAUUAUGGAGUUUCGUGUAGCAGAAGGGUCAAGGCUUUUGUUUUUUGCUUUUUCUUUUCUGUCUUUUUUGGUCUGUAUGUGUGUAUGUGUGCAAGCAUGCACCUGCAGGCAGGUGAGCGGGUGGGCAGGCUGCAUCUUGGCGAGAACUAGGUCAGCUUGUGGAGCUUCAAAAUGUUGUUCAGCAGCAGCAGAACUAGAAAUGGAGGCAUACCCCUUGUUAGAUGAACUAACAUCAAAAAUCAGUACUUUGAAUUUGGAACGUGUCCGUCGCUUAAAAAGCAGACUUGUUGCAUUGACUAGGAGAGUUCAGAAGGUUAGGGAUGAGAUAGAGCAGUUAAUGGAUGAUGAUGGUGAUAUGGCUGAAAUGUAUCUCACCGAGAAGAAGAAGCGAAUGGAAGCAUCAUUCUAUGGAGAUCAGUCUGUCCUUGGAUACAGUUCUGCUGGGGCUGGAGUAUCAGUUUCUGCUCCAGUUUCUCCUGUUUCUUCACCACCUGGAUCCCGGAAGCUCGAGAAGACCUUGAGCUUUUCCAGGAGCAGGCAUGAGAGUAUGAAAAGUUCAGACAGCAUGACUGAACAUAUUGAGGAAUUGGAGAUGUUAUUGGAAGCUUAUUUUGUGGUCAUUGAUAGUACACUCAACAAGCUGACUUCGUUGAAGGAGUACAUUGAUGACACAGAGGAUUUCAUCAACAUCCAGCUGGACAACGUUCGGAAUCAGCUAAUCCAAUUUGAGCUACUAUUGACAACUGCAACGUUUGUGGUUGCAAUUUUUGGCGUGGUUGCUGGAAUUUUUGGGAUGAAUUUUGCUAUACCAUUAUUCGACAAACCAGACGCAUUCCAGUGGGUGCUCAUAAUCGCUGGAGUGAGUGGUGUAAUUAUUUUCUGCUCAUUUCUGUGGUUUUUCAGGUAUAGAAGACUAAUGCCGCUGUAGAUUCUUGUGGAUGGUGAGAGGAGAGCAUUCUCUCUCAUUUAAAUUGCUGGGCUCAAGGACACCCUGAAAGGAUUAGGAGGUCCCUAUUUAUUUGUAUAUAUAUGUCGAUUCUUUUUGGUUUGCAGCCUAAUAUGUGAACGUUUUGGAAAUUGAAUGUUGCUAUUGCAAAUAAGGUGAGAGUAAAUAAACGUAGUAGUAUUUCUUAUCAUACAUUAUUUCAUUUUACGGA